AGUUGAUUCACGCGGUUGCGCGCACGCCCGACUGUUCCAGAUUCGAACUCGGACUCACGGGGCCAGAACGCCUGAUCCGCGAAUCGUCGCGACGCACCGCACUGAUAAGCCGCGGCCACAACGUGUGCAAUCAUCUGCGAACGCGAACGCGUGAGAUGAAACGGCGUUAGCGUUGAUAGUGAGGGGAUCAGAGUAACCAUCCCACAACCACAACCACGGUGUGACGAUGUUUGCUUGGAUGAGUUGGAAUAAUCGCGAGGUUCUCCUUCAGGUGCACCCCAACGGAACAGGAGAGGACAGGCGCGUUGUGCGCGAUCGCGCAGUCGUUAGUGAGAGACACGCCACGGCAGUCACCUCGGAACAUCCAGCAGUAGUUUAAUGGCACCGCAAGCAAUCAGCAUGGUAUUUACGGUGGAACAAGGCGGUGGCAAGGGUAGCAACGAUCGGAAAACAUCGCCACAGGAGGAUGGACACAGCUUCGAUGAGGCGCUCGAGUUGGCCGGGUUCGGACGGGUGCAGAUUGUGUUGGUGAUCCUGUGCGGGCUCGGUAUGAUGGCAUCGAUCAAUGAGGCGAUGGGAAUGAGCAUCAUCUUGCCCGCAGCCCAGUGCGAUCUGGAUCUCGGUGCGGCCGAAAAGGGUAUCGUCGGUGGGGCCGUCUUUCUCGGCACAAUGUGUUCUUCCUACUUCUGGGGCUACCUGGGGGACACUAGGGGACGCCAGAUCGUCCUGAAGUACGCACUGUUUGCGACUUCGUUCUUCGGUGCUGCGUCGUGCAUCGCGAAUGACUUCGUUUCACUGUUGAUCCUGCGCUUCCUGACCGGUGUUUGUGUGGCCGCACCUGCCUCAAUUGUGUACGCGUACCUGGGCGAGUUUACGACACCGAGCAAACGGAGUCAGAUGCUUUCGUUUGCCUCGGUCUGGGCUGGUGUCGGUAUCAUCUAUGUGUCGCUGGUCGGAUGGUGGAUACUGUCGUACGAUUGGGCCUGGACCAUCGGCGAAUCGUUUCAGUUUAAACCGUGGCGUCUGCUGUUCAUUGUCAACACGCUGCCCGCCUUCCUGAACGGGAUCGCCUUUUGUUUCUGCCCCGAAAGUCCCAAGUUUCUGCUGUCUCAGGGCCGAAAAGAGGAAGCGCUGGAAGUGCUACGGAUGGUGCACCGGAUCAAUAAUCCAUCGGCGCGAUCGGACGAAGGAGCGUACGAGGUGACGAAGCUACGGCUCGAUCCGGAAGAUAUGAUUGCACGCGAUCGCCUGGAACAGGACGGUGAAUCGGUCGGUCUGUUCCGCUCGAUGGUACAGCAAACGGUUCCGAUCCUGAAGGUGCCGUUCCUCUGGUACUUCAUUAUCUGUUGUGUGCACAAUAUCGGCGCGUUCGCAAUUUACGGUGGUUUGGGUCUCUGGUUCCCGGACAUCAUGAACCAGAUCUAUUCACAGGGUGAGUCGGCCACCGUUGGACAGAAGGUGUGCGACAUACUGCAGAGCAACAGUAGUAGCAGAAGCUCGCCCAGUUCAACGCUCAUGGAAGAGUUUGAACUGUGCGACGAUGAAGUGAAAUUCGAGACUUUCUUCUACACGAUGGUGAUGGGUAUUUUUGCUGCCCUCUACGCAAUCAUCACUUCGGCCAUUCUGGGCCGGUUCGAUCAGAAGGUGAUGAUGGUUUUCAACUGUACGGUGGCCGGUGUCUGUGGCAUUGCGCUGCAGUUUAUCGCCAACUCGUACGCCGUGGCCAUCCUGUUCUGCUUCGAGAUCGUAUUUUCCGGGUACUGCGUCCUGCUGGUCAACGCUAAUGUGGUCGCCAUUUUCCCCACCAAUGUGAGGGCGAUGGCCGUGGCAUUGACGAAUAUGGUCGGGCGCCUGAGCUGUUUCGUGGCGAGUGCGGUCAUCGGUUUACUAAUGAUUCAAAAUUGCCCCGUCACGUUCUACAUGCUAUCCGCGUUGCUGUUUCUGUGUGCUGGCUUGACGUUUUUGCUCCCCAAAAAGUGAUAUGCCCGAGAUCCCCCUCCUUUUUCGUGCCUCUCAGUAGAUGCGUAUAGUCCAAAGUACUUAAUUGUGUUAUCAACGUGUAAAUAAACCAUUCAUUACUUAGCGUUUA